AUGAUGAUCAAGAUCUGUGUGCUUGCUAUCACCGCGUCGGUGGCGACUGCUGCCAUGUGCACUGGUAAUGACUUUGGUUCAGCGUACACGAGUGCGAUCAAGGAGGCAGUGCCGAGCUUUCUCCAGUGCGCCACGGACGUGGGUAUUUCGAUCGAAGACAUUGCGGCCAACAAGGUGGACCAGGCGACGCCGGACCAAAUCCAAAAGUUUGCCAAGAGCCCGAGCUGCGCGGCGGUGUUCAAGACGAUUCAAAGUGCUUCCAGGACCAUCUCGCCGCCGUGCACGAUGGGCACCAUGUGCGGCAAGGAGGUCACGACGACGCAGUUUGCCGACAUGCCGUACGAAGACUACUUGAAAGCGGCCGCGCAAGGCGACAAGUGCACACUGCCGAGCGCGUCAAGCGCCGCUCCAGCCACCAAACUUGGUCUCGUCGCCUCGAGCGCCCUUGUGCUCUACGCGAUGCUUUAA